UUGAAUGCAUUGUUGCUAAAUGAAAGUACUGCUUAAUUCAGUUUUGUUUUUAAAAAUCUUACUUACCCAAACGGUAGUGUUACAGUUUCCACAAAAAUAUUAAUUCACCCACAAUUUUUUACUAUUUAUUUAGAAUACUAAGUAAUGUUCCUUGAGCACCAACACAGCAUAUUAGAAUAAUUUCUAAAGGAUCAGUCAAUCUAUAUCAUCAUCUCUAUAUCUUUGUCUUUAAAUUUAAAUUCAUUUGAAUUCUACUUGAAUUGCAGCUCUACAUAUUGUUUGCUAUCUAAAAAUUCAGUACAAUUUAAGUCAUUAAUAAUGUUGUAGUUUUUAAAUGAAUUGCUCAACAAGCAAGGUGUGGUGUUUCAUGUCCACAUACUGUACAUUGGGCCACGUAGUGUCUAUUUCUGUGAUUUAAAUACUUUCUAGCUCAAUACUGCCCUCUUGAGGUUGAGAAAAGGUAGAAUGGGCUCUGCAGUGGACUCACACUGUCACACUUUGGUUCUGUCUAGGAAAGACAGACAAUUGUUCUUCAGUUGUGUCAGCUACAUGAGCACAUCUCUUCUUCUCCUCGGAACUGCCUCUGUUCUGUGUGCUGGAGUUGAAAUUUCUCUCCUCAGUUUCUGUUGCUGGAUCUUCAUUCGUAGACUGUGUAAGGCUUUGGAUAGACCCCAGAAGCAGCGGCAUGGAGAACCGGCGCUGCCAGCACCCUCAACAGCCCAAUGCCCAGGCCCAAGAGGCCUCAUCUGGGCCCCAGUCCUCCAUGUCCCAGUCCCCUUUACUGUCUGGAGCCUCCUCCCUCAUCUCUCUUACCCAGACAGAGGAGUUCUUUGACCUGAUAGCCAGUUCCCAGAGCCGCAGACUGGAUGACCAGAGAGCCAGUAUAGGGGACCGUCUGGGCAUCAGAAUACCACAGAACAAUGUGGGACACUUGUGCGAGGCAUGUAGUCCACUGGAACCUAGUGACGAGUUUUUCAACAUGCUCAUAAAGUAUCAGUCUUCCAGAAUCAAUGAUCAGAGGUGCUCUUUGCCACCAGCACCAGACCCAGAUGAAGACUUCUUCAGCCUUAUUCAGAAGGUGCAAUCCAAACGCAUGGAUGAACAACGGGUUUCUUUUCCUUCUGAUGAAAAAGAUGAAACAGACUUAAAUUAUAAGUCCAAAACCUCUGAGGGCUCAAGCUAGAGACUGUGGCACUUCUGAUGCGACUUCCACAAUGUCUUCUGCAAACUCUGACUCUCUGGCUGCACAUUUUAAGAGAUCUUCCAAGGCUGGGGUUAGGGGGGCGUAAUAUAGGUUUAUUUUAAUUAGUAGGAUUAUAUCAUGUUGAAUUGUUUCAUAUUUUUACAGUCACCCUGAAUUACCCUGAGGUGAAUUCAAACCCAACAGAUGUGAUUCAGAGGGAAUGGAAACACUCACAUGUUUGUAUGUUCCAACAAUUGUUCUUUCACAAAAGUGUUUGUGCAGAUUUCAAGCAAAGCAACGCCAUGGAAAACAGGAUGCUUUCCAAGGAUAAUAUUACUAACUACUGUCACACAACACAAUAUAGAUCGGUGUGACAAACAACGGCAGCACAUAAUCUCCAAACAGGUGCGUGUUCAUUUAACUCAAGUGGAAAGUGUGUUUCAGCACACACUGAAUAUGAAUUAACUGAUACCUAGCAGAUGGGAGCAAUUGUAUUUGGCAUGACACUGAAGUUGUAUGGCUCAUGGAUCAGUUCAUGUGGUUGUCUAAUUCUGCUGAUAAGUAAUACAGUAUAAGUAAUACUAAUAGUAACAGACAUCUUUCAGAAGACUUAAGAAAGGCUAAAUCCAUAUUUAGCAUUAAAAAGUGUAUAAUUGUUAGUCUGUGAAAAGUGGAUAGACUCGUUUCAA